AUGAUGAUUGACAGCAGCUCUUCUUCGAGCAAAUCUAAACUUGAAUUAAAAUUGAUUGGUCCAUAAUCUUCUCGUAAUUAAUUACGUCAAUCAAAUAAUAUGACUAAUGGAAAUUUAUCUACUAAUAGCCAAAUGGGCUUUAAUACUACUUGCAAUACAGCACGUAACUAAUAAAAUGUAACUCCAAAGCGCUAAAAUAGCAAUCAUAAUGGGAAUAGUGUAAACUAGGCAUCUAAUUUUAAUAUAAAUUAGAAUAAUAUGAAUGCUUGCAAUACUGCAAGCAGUAAUUAUAGCAGCUUAUUGAAUGGUACUCCAAGCUCUCUAAAUACUCAAAUGAACAAUCGUAUGUAAGGAAACAGUUACUUAAAUAAGACAAGCAACAAUGGUAGCUCAGUUAGUAAGCUUAGUAAUUAGAAUUUUUCUAAAAAGAGUGGAUCUGGACUUGGCUCUAAUUUAGGCUCUACGAAAAGCUAUUAAAAUAAUCAAAACCAUCAUUCAGGAAGCAUUGUGGGAAAUUAUACUGGUUCUAGCUUAAAUCAGAACCAAGGAAGUACAUUUAGUAAAGAAAAAAUGAAUACUGUUAUGAAAAAUAAUAUGAGUAAAUAAAAAACAAAUUCAAAUAUGCAUAUGACUCACAAAAACUAAAUACUUUAGCAGUAUUAAGCUAGUUAAUAGCAAUUUAUAUAGUAGCAGCUAUAAUAGCUCAGCUAUGCAAACAAUCAGCAAUCACACUCUUAACUUAACUAACUGAUGGAUUAAUCUCCUAAUUAGACAUAUCAUUUGUCUCCUUCUACAUCAUAAUAGCAGAUAAAUACCAAUGAAAAUACCAAAGUAAAAAGCUCAUAUCUUUCAUCUAAGCCUACAAGCCCACAUUCCUACUUAGGAAAUUCAGAUACCUAGGGUAAUUCUAAAAAUUUCCAAAAGUUUUCUCAGCCAAGCAACAUUAAAGAAUCAGGUUAUUUCAGCAAUCCGUUUGGUCAGAGUUUGUCAAGCACAAAUAACUCUAAAUCAAAUAAGUGUAUGACUCCUAUAAAUGAGAAAAGCAGUAAGAGUCAAAAUAGCUAUUUAAAGAAGUCAUAACUCAUCGUUACUUCAAAGAAUCAAAACAGCUCCAACAUGCUGAAUACUUCAACAAACAACAGUAAUACUUCAUUUUUGAAAUAGAGCCAUUCUCGUUCACCUUUGAGCUCUAAUCAUAUUGAAAAAGAAAAUAACUAUCUUAGCCACUUUGAUUCCUCUAGCUUGUAUAUCAAUGAAAAAUCAAAAAGAAUGUCUUAAGCGUAGCAGUAAAGCUAGUCAUAAUCUCAUUUACAAUAAUCCCCAUUUUCUUACUUAUCUUCAGGCCAUGCUUCCUCUAUAAACAACCAAGGAAAUACUCAAAAUACCUCCCACUUGAAUAACUUAUCAGGUAUGAGCAAAUCUAAGUCAAGCAAAAGUCCAAAGUAAUCUAAUUCUCUUUAAAUGGUAACUUAAUCUCUAGAAACUCCUGCUGGAAACUUUUUUUCUUCUCAUUUGAGUAGAAAAAAGAAUCUCAGCACUGUUAACUACAACAGCUUUACAUAAAAUAUAGAAAAAUAAUCUUCUUCUUCGUCUUCCUAAUAGAAUUAAUAGUAAUCAUAUACUAUGAGCACCCAACACAACUUUGAUUCAUCUCCAAUCAGCAAUACCAGAAGAAUGAAUUAAUUCAACAAAAACGAAAGCUCUGAAAUGCUUCAAUCUAAUGGCUAAAAUUCCUUCUUGCUUUCAUCUAAUUUAAAAGAUAAUAAUUAAGAACUUAUUUAAAACAAGACUCAUGAUUAUGGUUCAUAUAAUAACAAUAAAAACAGUGGAUUUUUAAGCCAUUAUCCUAAUAGCAGCAGAUUCGAUUAAUAUCGUAGUGUUGAUGGCUGCUCUGAAGGAUAAAAUAACAGGAAUUUCUUCCCAAAGACAUAUUUAAAUAUUGAAACCAAAGAUUCUUAUGUAAGCUUGAAAAAGAAGAACAUCACUAUGGGUGGAGAGAUGCUUAACGGAAUAGGAUAAAAUAAAUCAAGUAACGGAAUAUUAACAACCGAUAAUAACUUUAUUACACUAAAUGAGCAAGAGCUUAGUUUCUAAAACGAUUAAGAAGAUAACAUCAUGAUGAUGAUUAACUAAUAAAAUCAUAACUAAACUAACAUUUAGCCUGGCAAUAGCUACUGCUAUGGCUACUACAAUGAAGAUGAAAGUAAUUUCUUAAAUAGCACAAACUUCCUUAACUUAACAAAUCUCCAAAUAAACACAUAAAACAACACGAUGAUAGCUAUGAGCAAUAAUUACAAUAAUAAUAAUAAAGAUGUCAAUAACUAUCCAAAUAAAAACUCAUCUACAAACGGUAGUUAAGUACUUCAACAAAAUUACAAUGGCACCAACACUAAUAAUAACAUUUACUAACAAUAUAAUAUGGGUAAUAAUAACAACAAUGAUAAUAUUGGUAAUGCUAACUUAUCAAUGUAGUAAAAUAACUUAAGUAAUACUUUGAAUUGGACUAAUAGUACUAACUUAUUUAAUAACUCAGUGUGUGCUGGUAGUAUGUUGAAUACAACUAUAAAUAACAUCCUUUAAAAUAUGAAUUCAACCCAAUCAACUAACAACACCUUAAGCGGCAAUCCUAAUUUUUUAAAUUCUAAUAACCCAAACAGUAAUGCUAAGGCUGCACCAAAUAUUUAUAGCAGCUUGUCUUAGUAGAAUUCAAAUACUAAUCCAACAAACACUAAUGCUAAUAACACUCCUACAAACACUAACAACAAUAACUAAGGAAAUAGCUUUUCAUAAGCAGUUAUAAAUAAUAUAUCUAUUCCUGCAAAUGGUCAGACUGACAAGCUUCCACUUGACACAACACCAAAAUAAGUUUCGUUAUUCCCUGAGCCAAUCCCGAAUAAAAACUAAUGCAGCAGCUUAAAGAGCAUUCUAUAUGAUUACGUAAUGCCAACAAUAAAACCUAUAACUCGCCAGUUUAAGUUACUGAGUAGCCAUCAACAAAACAAUUCUCAGAGCAACUUUUAGCAAAGCAUAAACUUAAAUACAAAUAAUAUCUUUGGAAAUGAAAGUCUUAGCAACUAAAAUAAGUAAUAAAUUUUAAGUUCUCUUAAUAAAUAGCUAAGCAGCAAAAAUUUAAGCAACAAUGCUUCAGCAGCAAAUCUAAAUUCAAGUAGCAAUAAUAUCAAUAACACAAGCAGUAUUGUUGAGAACAAUAACUGUUUAGUUAAUAGCAGCUGCAACAUGAAUAAUUUUAAUAAUUUUAAGAAUCCCUUUAACUUUGAUGAUUAAAAGAGUGAAAAUUACUCUUGCUCUCAAGGUUUCCCAAGCAGCAACUUCUUAGAUUUAAAAGAAUAGCAGCAAACUCAACAAAGUCAAUAACAAAUUUAUUAAUAACUAGGAGAGUCUCAAAAUAGCAACUAGGCAACUCCUAUUAAAAUACAUUUAAAAGUAGAUAGCCAAUCAGUAAACUCAUUCAAUAAGAACAAUCUAUUUUCUUAAAAUCAGGGAACACCUGCAAUGAAAUCUCCUUCUAACAAAGAUGAUAAUAUUUAUUACCAAAACUAAGGUACUCCAUAAAUGAAAUCACCAACAAACAAAUAAGAAAUCAGUUCCUCGAAUCAUUAACUCACCCCAUCUUCUUAGGGUAAUGGUGGAAAAUUAACUUUUUGUAAUAAUCCUACAAUUAUCAUUUCUUCUGAGAAAGAUUAACUUACAAUGUAGUAAUACAAUUUCUCUUUCUCCAACUGUGUAAACUAACAAAAAAAAAUACAAUAGUAAUAACAAUAAGCUUAAGAAUAGUAAGAAUAAAAAUAAUAGAGUCAAAAUACUCUUCAUCCUAAUUAAAUCUUUUCUUCUCCUUAAAAGAAUUUAAAGAAAGAUGAUGAGAAAAAGAAAGGAAGCAGUUAGAAAAAAGGCAAUUUAUUAAUAAAUCAAGAGCACAGACUCGUAGAAUCCUCUAAGCAAGAAUACUCAACCUCCCCUGAAAAACCUGUGAUUAAUAUUCUUCUGUCUCAAUAAAUCACUGUUGUUGAUGGAAUAUCAUAAGUCUCAUCUCAAAUGUUCAACAUUGAAUAACCAGAUCCCUUUGUGGACUAAAGCCUUAUAUAAAAUUUUUGGUCGAUCGAUUCGUUCUAAAUUGGAAAAUGUUUAGGUAGAGGAAGAUUUGGUAAUGUCUACUUAAGCAGACAUAAGCUUACAAAUAUGCUCUUUGCAAUUAAGCAAAUAAGCAAGAAGAAUUUGAUAGAAAGCUGCAUGGAAAAAUAACUCCAACAAGAAAUUAAAAUUUAGACUUAUUUAAAUCACCCAAAUGUUUUGAAAAUGCACGGCUUCUUCGAUGAUAGUUAAAAAAUAUAUCUAAUUCUUGAGCUUGCUUCUCAUGGAGAUAUUUAUAAAGAAAUAAAAAGAGAGGCAAACAAGAAAUUUACCGAAGAAAAGGCAGCAAAUUAUAUUAGACAAGUGUGUGAAGGAUUAAUUUAUUUACAUAGUUAAGGUAUCAUACAUAGAGAUAUAAAACCUGAAAAUAUAUUGAAUAGCUACGGAGUCCUUAAAUUAAGUGAUUUUGGCUGGUCAAUCUAUACAGAAGAAAAAAGAAUGACUUUUUGUGGUACACUCGAUUACGUAUCUCCAGAAGUUGUUUCAGGAAAAGACUAUGACUUCAAGGUAGAUAUUUGGAGCAUUGGAGUACUAACAUAUGAAUUAAUCACUGGUAAACCACCAUUUGAGAACAGACAAAACCAUAAUGAAGCCUACUAAAAGAUUUUAAUGGUUAAGUAUGAUUUUCCUAACUACAUUAGCAAAGAAGCCAAAGAUUUUAUGAGUAAACUGCUGGUUGGAGACCCGAAUAAGAGAAUAUCUUUAGAAACUGCUUUAAACCAUGAAUGGAUCUUAAAAAAUACUAGAAACUGCUUAGCUGACUGGGAUCCUAAAGUGAGUGAAGCUUGUUUAUGUUUACUUAAAUGA